GUCGUCGUCAUCCAAGGUGAGACGCCGUUAAAGCCUCGUCGAUUCACGGCUCUCUCAGUAUCGUCUUUAGUUUUUUUUGUUUGUUUGUUUUUUAAAUAUACAGUAUAUUUAUUAUUCUGGUGUUUUCUGAUGGCGCCAGAAUUUAAACUCGUCUUCGUCCUUUGCCUCUUUGCUCUCUCUGAGCUAGUCGUACCUAACUCAGCCAAUCCAGCCAGCCCGCCAAGACCGACAACGUCCGGACCGCUCAGUACGACAAAACUGACAACGUCCGCACCAGUCAGUACCACUAACCCCCCAAAACCGACAAGGUCCGGACCGGCCAGUACGACCACCCCGCCUAAACCGACAACGUCCAGACCGGCCAGUACGACCACCCCGCCUAAACCGUCAACGUCCAGACCGGCCAGUACGACCACCCCGCCUAAACCGUCAACGUCCGGACCGGCCAGUACGACCACCCCACCUAAACCGUCAACGUCCAGACCGGCCAGUACGACCACCCCGCCUAAACCGACAACGUCCGGACCGGCCAGUACGACCACCCCGCCUAAACCGACAACGUCCGGACCGGCCAGUACGACCACCCCGCCUAAACCGACAACACCUGGACAAGUCAAUACGACCAACUCGACUGAUUCAGCCAGUCCACCAACAGAGCCUGUGACCACAGAGACCCCAGAUAUCUGUGAGCUCCAACCGUGUCCUGACAGGAGCGAAUGCGAGCCUCGUGCCAAUAAUACUCGUGUAUGCGUGUGUAUGGCUGGCGAUUACUACAAUGAGGAAAGCCAGCGUUGUGAGCUUGCCAAAGUUUUCCCCGGACAACUGCAAGUGCCUGGAAUACCAUUUGAAGAUGACAUGAAAAUCAAAACGUCCCUCGCAUUUCAACGCGCUGCGGAGCAAAUUUCUGAGCAGAUUGGUCUACUUUUUAGUGAAAGCUCUGGCUACUCUCGGUCUAUUGUGCUGGAACUCAAGAGCAUUGGAAAUCCCAAAGUACGAGCCACGCCAGGCGUCAACGCUGCUGUUGAGAUGGUCUUCGAAACGUCUGCUGAAGUCAAAACACAGCAAAUCGUCCACAUCAUAGGCAAUGCCUCAAAAUGUGACAAGUGUCUUCUGGCAAAUUCAAGCUUCGCAAACACCGAUCUGUGUAUUAAGCAACCCUGUGAUGGGAAAACCACAAAGUGUACAGCGGGAGACAGCGGGGAUUUUCUCUGCGACUGUUUGAAGGGUUACAUUAUGACCGACUACAGUCAGAGAAUGUGUGUUGCUUGUCUAAGUGGUCUGACACCCAACGGGACUUGGGAAUGCGUGGCCUGUCCGUUUGGUUACUCUGGUUUUAACUGCGGAGAAUCAUGGAAGCUGGUCUUGGUGAUCGUUGGCUCUGUUUUAGGGGGACUGCUGCUCAUCACACUCAUCAUUCUAAUCGUCAUGUCAGUCAAAUCCCCGAAGAAGACCAAGAAAAACAAAGGUUUAAACAGCAAGAAUCACGACGUGAGCCGGUUUUCUGAUAAAGAUCCCCUAGUUAUGAGCCUGCCGACCAAUCAGCGGGAUCCUCCGAUUAAGCCCGACCCGACCAUGGGCGUAAAACCAUUCCCCAGUGGAGGAAUGCCCAGGAUUCCGCGGGCCACAACCUCCAGUGCCUGGGACAACGGGACCAACCUGGAGAUGACGGCGAGCAACAGCCGCCAAAACUUGGUUGCGGGCGGGAGGAGUUCUUGGCUGAAUGACAACUCAGAAGAAAUGAACGGAAGUCCAUACACGCGACCUCGCAACCAGACCAACCCGUACGGCCAAACUCGACCCCUGAACAACCCGUACACAGAGUCCCGAGCCGUGAACAACUCUUACGCCCAGGAUCGGCCUCAGAUCAACCCGUAUGCUCGGAACCAAGGCCAGAAUAACCCCAACUACUCAGAUGACGACGGAAGGCCUUUCAACUACUGAGGAAUAGUUUUCUCACCAGAAACAAAAAGUGGAAGCACAACAACUGCUCAGGGAUCUUGCACUGGCUGAAGUAUGUUAGGGUGCUGAGCACGGCAUCAGGGGGAACUCCAGUGUGCCUUCUACUCUCCUGCUGCAAUUCCUUGCCACGUAAAUAUCUCACUGGGUGAUUUUAAAUAGUUCAGUAGUGUUCCAGCUAAUUUGUAAUGUUCUCUGGCCACAUAACGUCUUCCAUUUUUACGUUUUAAUUUUGUACAUUUAUGGAUGUAUUACAGUAUCCACUUGUAAGUAAAAUGUAUAAGGCUUAUUCUGUAUAAUAAUCUUUGUGUAUUGUUUGUCUUUUGUCAUUGUGGGGGUAUAUUUAAAGCUAACACCAUUUAUUGUAAGACAUUUAGAGUGAGCUGUCACUCAAAUUAAAUGACAUUAUCUGCAUGCAUUUUGAUAUUUAAAUGCAUGUUGUAGUACUGUGCUUUUAUUUACUGUCAGCCGUUUUGUCUCAUUUCAAAAUUUCAAGAGUUUAUUUGUGGCACACAGGCAAGAAAGUGGGCGGCACGGUGGGCGACUGGUUAGAGCGUCAGCCUCACAGUUCUGAGGACCCGGGUUCAAUCCCCGGCCCCGCCUGUGUGGAGUUUGCAUGGGUUUUCUCCGGGCACUCCGGUUUCCUCCCACAUCCCAAAAACAUGCAUUAAUUGGAGACUCUAAAUUGACCGUAGGCGUGAAUGUGAGUGCGGAUGGUUGUUUGUUCCUAUGUGCCCUGCGAUUGGCUGGCAACCAGUUCAGGGUGUACCCCGCCUCCUGCCCGAUGACAGCUGGGAUAGGCUCCAGCACGCCCGCGAGCGACCCUAGUGAGGAGAAGCGGCUCAGAAAAUGGAUGGAUGGAGGCAAGAAAGGGGUUUGUUUCAACCGUUUCAGGGGAGCCCUGUCAUCUAACACCAGGUGAGGGAUAACUGUCUGCUCUCUCCCCUCAUCCUUGCUUGCCCCGUAAAGCGGCCGUAACGUACAUUGCACACAACACAACAUGCUUUACUGAUGGUCAAAAAAAAUAUCCUUUACUGUCUUUUUAACUUUUUCAUAUUUGUACAUGUCAAGUAAAUCAAAGUAUGUGUUUUAUCACCAA